AUUAUCGUCAUUCCUUACUAACCGAGUGAAAUGCGAGGAGAAAGAGAUCCUUUUCACGUAUACGAUCCCCGCCUCCGUGAUCCGAUUCGAAAGCUGCACAGGCCGGCCCGCCGCGCGCUUCGGUUAGUCUUGCUCAAUCUUUCCAAUCGUGUGGUAGUUAUCCUUUCUCGUGAUUAGUGGUUUACGGUUUACGUUAAGGGUUUUUCGGUUUUGAGUGCGGAAUUCUUCGUUUUGGUUACAUUUUGGUGGAAUUUAAAUAUCCUAAAGUUUCGUGUUUCGUUGCGUUGCAUUAUGGGUUGCUUCGUGGAUAUCAAAUUUCACGGCUAUUUUAUUGGGCUGUUGGCUGCGCUGCUGGAAGUGACAUCGCUAAUCCUGUCGCUGUACUUUUACUUCGUUGGCUAUGACGACGGUGAAAGUGGAUUGCUCAAAGAACUGCAAGAUUUAGUCAGCACUUCAUACGUGGAUUACAUAGGAGAUGCACUAAUUGUGACCGCAAUUGUUUUGAUGAUUUGUGGUAUUUACUUGGAAAACCGGUACUGCCUUAUCCCAUUCAUCAUCGCCAUCUGCUUCGACUGGGUGUCCUACGUUCUACAUAAUCUGGAGCACUCGCUGCCUAGUCACGUGUGGCUCGUAACGUCAGCAUUCUUCAUCUACAUCCUCGUGGCGAUGGUGGGCUUGUUUGUGCUAUUCGGUAUGAAAAUCGAAACACCCAAAGGCGAUCGGCGGUUUGUCAAGUUUGGCAGCGCAGAUGAUGCCAUAGUGUGAACAAUGCGGACUUUCGUGGACUCGUGCUGUUGUAAAAAUCACACAACACCAGCACGCAACAAGCCUUUUGUACAUCGCAUGACGAGAUUUUGUGUGUGUGGCCCAGUACGAGACUCGGAAGGAUUAUUUUUUAAGGUGUUCAACGAACGAUGUAAAUAUGUGAAAUAUUGUUUGUGCCAUAGUAUAAGAUAAGUGUAAGAUUAUUUUUUCUUCGAAGAAUAAACAUAUAAUACAAUCUGAGAA